UCAGAGUUACACACCUUACAGAACGCUAUCAACAACGCUAUCAAACCUGAUGGAGUCCUCUUUGACGACCCACCUAACAAGAAGAUGAAAUUCUCCUCUAACGAAGAUGACACUGACUCGCUCCUGGAGGGAGCUGACGGUAAACCCUCCGGUAAAGUAUCUCACAAUGCGAUAGAGAAGAGGAGAAGAGACAAGAUGAACAUGUACAUUGACGAGCUAGCAGCUAUGGUACCCAUGUGCUCCGUUGUUUCAAGACGACCGGACAAGCUGACCAUUCUGAAGAUGGCUGUGAGACACCUCAAAGCGCUGAGAUAUGCUAAUGGGGGAGGGCACAAGAACCAAUUGAGACCUACCUUUCUUACUGAUGAAGAACUGAAGCACCUUAUUCUAGAGGCUGAGGACGGGUUCUUGUUUAUAGUUAGCUGUGAGAAUCAGAGAAUAUUGUACGCAAGCAACAGUGUUAGUCACGUUCUCAACCACGAGGACCUAUGCGAGCUAGGGUUCCUGGAUAUCAUACACCCGUGUGACCAAGAGUUGGUGAAGGAGCAGCUGCUGGUCACUGACUGUGACCACACUGCGGGGGAGAAGAAGAGUACUGCUGCAGACUUCAACAUGAUUUCAGGGUCUCGUCGUUCUUUCUUCUGCCGUAUGAGGCACGGUAAACGAGGUCCUGACGGUCAAACAAUUGAAGAUAAGAAGAAGAACGCGACAGCUUACACAAUAGUUCACGUGACUGGCUAUCUGAAGAACUGGGAUGUUGAUACUUUCUCCAUGUCCGAGGAUCUCAUCAAAUAUAGUGGUGAUGAGUCGGAAGAGGAGCUGGGAGAUUUUACCUGUUUGGUUGCUGUGGGGCGGGUUCUACAAGUCCCUGUCAAAAGCUUGAAACAACCGAACGUUUUUAAUUGGAGGUUGACGAUGGAUGACAAGUUUCUGUUUGUAGAUCCCCGAACUACCGCCGUAUUGGAGUACUUGCCACACGAACUGAUCGGAACUAGUAUCUACAAGUUCUACCACCCUAGUGACCUGUCUAAACUGACUGAUGCUCACCAGAAAGUAAAGUCAGGAGACUGUAAAGUAAUGUACAGGUUCAGAACCAAAUCAGGGAGAUGGGUGUGGCUUCAUGGCAGUUUCCAGGGAUUCAACAAUCCAUUCUCUGGUCAACUCCAGUACAUCAUCUGCAACAAUAUCGCUGUGCUGGAUAAUAACGAGCUUGAUGAAAAAGGUCGCACUGAGGCGGGUUUGAGCAAGGUGGAACUGAGCAAACCAAAGUUGAGUACAGACAUUGGUCACAUGAUAACUUCGUCACAGAUAGUACAGCACACAACCCAAGCAGACCCAACCCAACAACAAGCUCCCCAACACGGCCUGCCCCAACCUAUGGACAGUUCCCGCGCCUCUCAUCCCCAGAGUAUUCUCGACAACAUUCCAGACUCUCAGACCCUCCACCCAGGCAUGGCUGACAUUAACAGACCCACUAAUAUUGCUGUUGUUACUCCUAAUGUUGAACUUUGCAGCUCCGGAAGAUUACAGACAAAGCUACACCUGGACCCCAUAACCCGGAUGGAAGUAGAUACUCCCUUCACAAUCCCACCCCAGCAUUCCCAACCUCAGCAACUCUCCCAGCCUCAACCACAACACUUACAAGUUCAGCCACCCCAACAACAACACUCUCAGCAUUCUCAGCAGAUACAGCAACAACAGCAGCAGGUGCAGCAGCCUCAGGUGCAGCAGCAACAGCAGCAGCCGCAGCAAUCACAACAGAAUAGGUUCCGAACCCAGCAGACAGUUCAACACCACCAGUACAACAUACAACAGAUACAACAAGACCCGUAUACCUCCGAUAUGCAGGGACAAUUCAACCUUGUCCAAGGAAUGCAACAGCAGCCCUACUCCUCCGCUCAACAUCUCAACAUUGCUGAGAUUGGAACUCUAAAGACGGAGACUAAAAGUAGAAUGCUAACUCCAACUAGUUCCUCCCACAAUUCCCUUGUUCCUGGCCCUGGCGUGGCUGGAAUGUUGAACUUGCAGCAUCAGCAAACUCAACAACAGCAACAGCAGCAGCAGCCUCAACAACAACAACAACAACAACAACAGCAGCAACAACAGCAACAACAGCAGCAGCAACAACAACAACAACAACAGCAACAGCAACAGCAACAGCCCCAACAACAGCAACAGCUCAGCAACUCUCAGCAAUACAACCCCCAAACACCCCAACAAGUAAAACAACUCGCAUAUCUUCCUCAGCUACCGAACGUGCACAACAUCCGCACGAAGGAGCAAUACGAACAAGCGAGGCUGUACAACGAACGAGAACGCCAACUACUACAGGAAUAUGAGCAGUAUUUGAAGAAAACGAAGUGGGAUAAUUGAGAGUUAAUCACUUAAUUGAGUGACAAUUAGUGAGAUUAUGAUUGCUCUCUGUUGGUUGUUGCUGUCACAUUACAAAUUUCCGCUCUGACUGUCAAGAUGAUUAAAAGGACCCAAUUAAGGACAAUCGGUAAAUACCAAAAUCAGCCUCUCUGUAUACACAUAUUUUAGGCAAUAUUGCGAUGACCUGUGUUUGAUUUACUGAAACAUUCUUACAGACUUAAAUCUUACAGCAUAGUUUACUGAAAAGUACAUGGACCGACUGGAAAUAUGUACUUACAAAUCUAUUAUGUUACAUACUGCCACUAGUAAUUAUAUCAUUAUGUAAUAUAAUCUCAAUAGUUCAUAAUCAUCGCACACUUAUAACACUACUAAUACUUAUAACACAGAUUAAUUUUGCUGCCUAUAUUUAUAAAGGAAUACGCAUGGUAACUUUACUAAGUGGACCAGAAGUGACUUAACAUAUUACAGUAAAUUCUGGUCUAACCCUGCUCCCAUAUGUAAUAUGUAUGCAUGGUCUACAUAUGGCAUUGCUUGGAAUACCAUUUAAAUUUUAGUUGUGAUUUUCAAGAUAAUUUUAAAACUGUUUUUUGUGGCUGUUUCUGUCUCUUGCCUUGUUAUUUUUGUACAAGCUUGUUGUCCAAGCGUUCUGACGAUACUGUAACACUACUGUAACACUACUGUAACAGGGUAACACCUUGUAACACUACUGUAACACUACUGUAACAGAGUAACACCCUGUAACACUACUGUAACACUACUGUAACAGGGUAGCACCCUGUAACACUACUGUAACACUAUAACGAAAAAAUGCUUUAAGAAAGUUCACUUGCGUGUCAAAUGUCAAGUUGACCGACUUUAAGUUUAAAACCUCGGAUACCACUCUCAAGGACGUUGUGUAAACUUAAUUACAUUACAAUGAAUGUAUUACAUUGCAAUGAGAAGACACGUGUGUACACGUGUGUGACCACGUGACUAUGAGAAGACACGUGUGUGACCACGUGAAUAUGAGAAGACACGUGUGUGACCACGUGACUAUGAGAAGACACGUGUGUGACCACGUGACUAUGAGAAGACACGUGUGUGACCACGUGACUAUGAGAAGACACGUGUGUGACCACGUGACUAUGAGAAGACACGUGUGUGAACACGUGACUAUGAGAAGACACGUGUGUGACCACGUGACUAUGAGAAGACACGUGUGUGACCACGUGACUAUGAGAAGACACGUGUGUGACCACGUGACUAUGAGAAGACACGUGUGUGACCACGUGACUAUGAGAAGACACGUGUGUGACCACGUGACUAUGAGAAGACACGUGUGUGACCACGUGACUAUGAGAAGACACGUGUGUGACCACGUGACUAUGAGAAGACACGUGUGUGACCACGUGACUAUGAGAAGACACGUGUGUGACCACGUGACUAUUCAUUGCAAUGUUAUUGCGUUGUAAUGUUGUUAUGUUAUUGCUUUGUAAUGUAAUGUAUUGGGGUUUAUGCACCUUGUUAUUUCUAUGUGGGAGACAUUACACACAGCUUUCAAUUACACAAGCCUAGCUUUAUGUUUGGGAUGGUCCACAUAUUAUUACGUAAGCCAGAAUGGGGGGAAGCUUAGUGUUAUUAUUAUAAAAGUGGAUUAUGGAAUGAAAGGCCGGGAGGGGGUAUAAAAUUGCAAAAUCUAACUACGAAAUAUGUGAACUAUCCCAACAUAGGCCAGCUUCAAAUAGCUUCAUUAUACGUAAAACACAGUGUUAAAAUAUAUGGUUUAGAUUUGGGGUAGAUUCUGUUUUGAUACAGGUAAAUGAAAUAUUUUCAUACUAUUCUGCAUACUUAAAUGAUUCGCAAUCUGUAAAUGAUUCACAGUCAAUUAUAUUACAUACUGUAAGACGUGUAGAAAGUGAUAGCUAUUCGAGAAGAACGAUAUUAUAACGUGUUUUAAACAUAGAAUGUAAAGAAUUUUAAAAGGUUGAUAAUUUAUUGCUACUGUUAGAUUUUAUCCAAACAUGAUGAGCACGCGUGUCUCUUUUGGCAGUGCCCAACUGAUUUUGUAAAAUAUUUAUAGAUUACGAUAUCGAAUGAUUGAAUCUCAAGAAGGGUUUAUUCAACGAGAAGAUAAUUCUUAAUCAUAUUCUCUCUUAUCUCAAAUGAAUGGCGUAAUUUUCAGCUUCCUAUUUUCAGCUUCCUAUUCUGGCAAGCAGCCAGCUUAAGUUACGCUAAUCGCUCAGAUUGGUCAUGUUUCGGUGAAAUUAAUGUAUUUUUAAGGAUUUAUUUAAGGAACGGUAAUUCUAUGUACAUUCGAGAGUAUUUCUGUAUUUAGGUAAAUCUUAUUGAUUGUUCUCUGCAUUUACAUUCCUUAUAUAUAACUACUUGACAAUUAAGCUUUGAAAUAUGAAUAGGUGGUACCUGUAAACCUAACUGUAAACCCUGCUCCAGCUGAUUAACAUAUCCCGGUUUGAUGCAUGAAGAUAUUUCUAUGUUAUGGUUAUGUAGCCGAUCCUCUUAAACGUUUUAAUUUCA